AUGCCCGGGCAUCUCGGCUGCGGCGGGACGCGCGCGGCUCUGCACUCACCCGGGCCCGCACCCCGCGAGCCUCGGACGCGGGCAGCCGCCGCCGCUGCCCCAACCCCUCCACGUCAACCCGACCCGAGCAGCGAGCCAGCGGCUGCAGAAGCUGGCGGGUCACGUGGAUUGUCUAACGCCACAGGGAAAAUGGUGGAAAAUUCACCGUCGCCAUUGCCAGAAAGAGCGAUUUAUGGCUUUGUCCUUUUCUUAAGCUCUCAGUUUGGCUUCAUACUUUACCUUGUAUGGGCUUUCAUUCCUGAAUCGUGGUUAAACUCCUUAGGCUUAACUUACUGGCCUCAAAAAUACUGGGCCGUCGCAUUGCCUGUCUACCUCCUCAUUGCUGUUGUGAUUGGUUAUGUCCUCUUAUUUGGUAUUAACAUGAUGAGCACCUCUCCACUCAACUCCAUUCACACCAUCACAGAUAACUAUGCUAAAAACCAACAGUGGAAGAGCUACCAAGAAGACGCCAUCCCAGCCUUAAGAGAUGUUCCCAUUAGUGAAGUAAACAGAAUGUUCUUCCUUGAAGCUAGAGAAUUUAACACCCAAAACUGAGCCGCGUGUAAAAUCCUAACGCCAGAUAGUUACAAGUUUGGGGCCAAUAACUUUGAACACAAUUAUAUUGACUGUCCUUUUAAUACCCAGUGUUGGCCUGAAAGUUGAUUUCUUAGAUUGAGUUCAUCUGAUGUUGUAAAUAUUUUCAAUCGACAGAAUGAAUAAAAUGCCACUUACACUACA